GCACGAUGCAGGCAAUAUAAGACCUCACUUCUCCCAAGGCUCCUCAUUCAGCUGCCACUGAGCUUUGCACGCAUUUCCAGUUGAGCUGAAGAGUCACCGCUCAAAUAUGUGCUCCAGACAGACCUCCGGAGGCUGCCAUGAAACAUCCUCCCAGUCCAGUGGAUGCCACAGCGGGGGCUCCAGCUGCCAUGGGGGCAGCUCCUCCAGCUACCAGGCACAGGGAUCCUCCUGCUGUGGAGGCUCGAGCUCAGGCAGUUACGGCGGGGGCAGCUCCAGUGGUGGAAGAGGUGGAUGCUGCUCCAGUGGGGGCUCCUCAGGCUACAGCAUGGGAGGAGGAUACAGUGGUGGCAGUGGGGGAUCUGGUCAGAAGAUAAUUAUUAGCUCAGGGGGUGGAGGAGGAGGCUCAUCUGGAUGCUGUGGUGGGGGAUCCAGUGGUGGGUCUUCAGGAGGAAAGAUCAUCAUGGGAGGUGGAGGCGGUGGAGGAUCCUCUGGAUGCUGCAGUGGAGGAUCCAGCUAUGGCAUGGGAGGAGGGUCCAGUGGUGGGUCUUCAGGAUCAAAGAGCAUCAUAGGAAGUGGAGGUAGUGGAGGAUCAUCUGGAUGCUGCAGUGGAGGAUCCAGCUAUGGCAUGGGAGGAGGGUCCAGUGGUGGGUCCUCAGGAACAAAGAUCAUCAUUGGAGGUGGAAGCAGUGGAGGAUCAUCUGGAUGCUGCAGUGGAGGAUCCAGCUAUGGCAUGGGAGGAGGGUCCAGUGGUGGGUCUUCAGGAUCAAAGAGCAUCAUCGGAGGUGGAAGUAGUGGAGGAUCUUCUGGAUGCUGCAGUGGGGGUUCCAGUGGUGGAUCUUCAGGUUCAAAGAUCAUCAUUGGAGGAGGAGGUAGUGGGGGAUCAUCUGGAUGCUGCAGUGGAGGAUCCAGCUAUGGCAUGGGAGGAGGGUCCAGUGGUGGGUCUUCAGGAACAAAGAUCAUCAUGGGAGGUGGAAGUAGUGGUGGGUCUUCUGGAUACUGUAGUGGGGGAUCCAGUGGUGGGUCUUCUGGAUCAAAGAGCAUCAUAGGAGGUGGAGGUAGUGGAGGAUCCUCUGGAUGCUGCAGUGGGGGAUACGGUGGUGGUUCUUCGGGAACAAAGAUCAUCAUUGGAGGUGGCAGUAGUGGAGGUGCCUCUGGAUGCUGCAGUGGAGGAUCAAGCUAUGGCAUGGGAGGAGGAUCCAGUGGUGGUGGGUCUUCUGGAUCAAAGAGCAUCAUGGGAGGUGGAAGUAGUGGAGGAUCAUCUGGAUGCUGCGGUGGGGGGUCCUCAGGCUAUGGCAUGGGAGGAGGAUGCAGUGGUGGCAGUGGGGGAUCUGGCCAGAAGAUCAUCAUUAGCUCAGGCAGUGGAGGAGGAGGCUCAUCUGGAUGCUGCGGUGGGGGAUCCAGUGGUGGGUCUUCAGGAGGCAAAAUCAUCAUGGGAGGUGGAGGUGGUGGAGGAUCCUCUGGAUGCUGCAGUGGAGGAUCCGGUGGUGGCAGCGGCACAAUCAUCAUCAGCUCUGGAGGAGGCAGCGGAGGCUCCUACCAGUCCUCGCAACAGAAAUGCCCCAUUGUCAUCCCCAACAUUGGUUCUCAUCAAACCAAGCAGGCCUGUCACUGGCCCCCCUGCCAGCAGAAGUAAAGGCCACAGGCAGCCCUGGCACUCAACAAGAGCAACCCUGCCUUUGCCAGGGGACCUCUUUCCCUCGAGACCUGGCUCUGUUUGCCUCUUUCUUCCCAGCGUGUCAUCUUUCCUCUUCCCUUGAUGCCGCAUCUCCAUGCUGAGAACUACAGGAUCAACAGCCUCAUGCCCCGCUGCUGAUGUCAGGACACCUUUGAUCAGGCUCUGCUGUUUUUCCAAAGAGUACAUUUUAUGUCUAAUAAA